GCCACUCAACCAAUUGCUUUUCUACUUGAUCCUUAGGUCCGCCACAGAUUUCUUCAAGAGUGAUCAACCGACAGACCGUGAGGUUAGGUCGAACGAUCAAGUUGCCGUGCCCAGUAGAGGGUGACCCCCCACCAUUGACCAUGUGGACGAAAGAUGGCCGCACCAUUCACAGCGGUUGGACGCGAUUCCGGGUCCUGCGCCAGGGUCUGAAAAUCAAAGAAGUGGAAGCUGAAGAUGCUGGGACCUACAUCUGCAAGGCCACUAAUGGUUUUGGCAGCAUUAACCUCAACUACACUCUCAUUGUGAUUAAUGAUUCAAGCACAGGAAGGAAUGGACAAAAGCUGCCUCAAGGAUCCAAUGGGGAAUAUACAAAUGAAGAUCCCACAGGAAAACAAUGGGUGAGACCUAGGUUUACACAACCCACCAAAAUGCGUCGCAGAGUGAUUGCCCGUCCUGUGGGUAGCUCGGUCCGGCUGAAGUGCACUGCAAGCGGAUAUCCCCAGCCUGAUAUUACCUGGCUAAAGGACAACAAGCCUCUUGUCCUUCAGGACAUGGGCGAUACCAAGAAGAAGAAGUGGACUUUGACCCUGAAGAGCUUGCGGCCCGGAGACAGUGGGAAGUACACGUGUCGUGUCUUUAGCAGAGCGGGUGAAAUCAAUGCAACAUACAAGGUUGAAGUAAUCCAGACCACCAGGUCCAAACCCAUUCUAACUGGAACCCACCCUGUAAACACCACUGUCGAUUAUGGAGGUACCACCUCUUUUCAGUGCAAGGUCCGCAGUGACGUUAAGCCUGUGAUUCAGUGGCUGAAGAGAGUAGAGUACGGCAGCGAGAACAAGUACAACUCCACCAUUGAUGUUGGCGGACAGAAGUUUGUGGUGCUGCCAACGGGAGAGGUCUGGUCCAGACCUGAUGGCUCUUACUUAAACAAACUGAUGAUCUCCCGAGCAAAAGAGGAGGAUGCUGGGAUGUACAUCUGCUUGGGCGCCAACACCAUGGGAUACAGCUUCCGGAGUGCCUUCCUUACUGUGCUACCAGACCCAAAGCCUCCAAAAGGCCCUGUGACUAAUUCUUCGAACAGCAGCCUCCCAUGGCCCGUGAUCAUCGGAAUUCCUGCUGGUGCCAUCUUCAUCUUUGGCACCAUCCUCCUCUGGCUUUGCCAGGCAAAGAAGAAGCCGUGCACCAGCCCAGCAGCAACCGUCCUUCACCGACAGCAGCAGCAGCAGCAGAGGGACCGGGGCUGUGUACCGGACAAAGAGUGUAUUACCCCCAUCAACUACGAGGAGUACCUGGCCCAGCAGCAGCAGCAGCACCUCCUAGUGCCAGGGCCCCCACCGCCAGCCCCAAAAAUGUACCCAAAGAUCUACACUGACAUCCACACCCACACACACUCCCAUGUUGAAGGCAAGAUUCACCAGCACCAGCACAUCCACUACCAGUGUUAGCGAUGGCAUCUGCAGCACUUCCCAAUCUCCCAACAAGGGGCCUCGAAAGAUCAAGCAAAUUCCGUUUGUUAGCCUCCUCCUACCUAUCCCCAAUCACUCUCUCUCUCUGACAUAGACACACGCACCCGCACACACAUGCACACACAUACACCAACACACAGCUACACAUACAGACACACACACAGACUCCACAUAUAUACAGAUACCCACACAGACACCACAGACACACAGACAUGCACACCCCUGACGCACAAAACCAUUCACACAGCUACAUACAAAUACACUCGCACACCCAUACGCAAACAUGUACACAUACACACAUGCACAUGCCCCCCCCCCCAACAUCCACAUACACAGCCCCACACACGCACGCACACAUACUGCCAGUAAACUGAAAGUUGCCUGGCAAAAGACCUUGUUGCGAGGAAUUUGGGAGGCAAGAGUGGAAAAUGGAGCUAGCUCUGAAAUUCCUAUGAAAUGAGAAUGUACUUGGAAGCAUGAGGGACGGAGGUUACAGCGAGAAUGUUUCAAGGUGAUAUUUUAGAAGCGAUUCAGAUCUUACUAAUAGAUUGACCCAAGGCAAAUUUUCUUUUCACAAAACAAAACUGCAAAGACUGAAUCAUCUCACACUUCACAAUCCCAAUUGAAACACCUUUCGAAAUGAAACUAUCUUUUGGUGCACAGUCCAUCUAAUUGAAUCAUUGCCCCAGGUACUGAGCAAUUACUUUGUUUCGAUAAAUUAUAUUAGAAAAUGUAAACUACUUGAGGUAUAUUUGAAUACUGUGAGAACUAGUUUGUCUAUGCAGUUAAAUUCACUUGACACAAAGAUACCUUAUCAACAACACCAAAUAAUAUUUAUAUAUUAUAUAUAUUUCAAAAAUAAUUACUAUUACCUGGAAGUUGAACAGGGACAGUAUAUUAUAUUUCCAAUCAUACACAUAAUGAACCCAGUGCUUCAGAAAGGCUUCACCACUGGUUAGUGCCAAAUCAAAGUUUAACUGUGUUUUAAAUAAACUUGCUGUCUACAUUAAGUUCCUGGCUGACUUGAUAUUCGGGAUUGUAUAGUCUAUGCUACCACAUAAACAUCUACUGGACAUUGGUGAAGACCUUUAAAAAUGUACCCCACAAAAUAAGUAUGUCUUGCCACUGCCAUUUCAAGGGAAAAGAACAGCAGGACAGUGCUUCGAAUGUGAAACAAUAUGAACUGUCUUGGUGAAAUAUUUAUUCACCUUUGAAGGAAAAGAGCAGGCUGCUGUAUUUCACUGUCACCCACUGUAGAGACACUGGACAAUUGAGUAUAUCAAGGAGGAAAAUGAAUCACAGUCCAGCAGCUAACCUCCUCCUAGUGGACUGACUUGUGCCUGCUCUUACUGGAGAUCACACUCUUCUAUUCUGUACAAUCAUGUUUCAAAGAUGUUUUAGCAAAUAGGACCUCAGUAGUGCCUUGUGUGGAUUAGAGAGAUGCUAACCACAGAUAUAAGCCUUCUUUUGUUGUUGUAAAACUAUAUAGAUUUUAAACAGAAAGUCAUGUAUAUUUAAUUUAUUUUGUUAAGUGAGAAAAACUGUAUCAUAUUUUCCUCUAAAAACAGGUGUUUCGAUAAAUAUAUUUGAUCAAGGUGAAAUUGAAUUGUUGCAGAGUUUUUACACAGAAGCCCUACACAGAGUGCAUUGACUUGUAUCAUUGAUUGGUGGGUGCAGGGAGACAGUGUGAAAUAUUUUAAUGUAAAGCCUUUUUAAUUCAAAAACAACACAUUUUUUGUAUUCUUUAUAUCGACAAUCCUGUAUAGACUGCCCCAUUGUUACCAGCAGCUUUUCACUUCAAAUUUGUUCUGUUCUGAACACACUUGUAUUGUUUUAUAACACUUUCAAAAAGAGCUAUUUUAUUAGGAAGAUGAUGUAAUGACAUUAUGGACUAAUGCUGCACUCGUGAGGUAAAUGAUCUUAAUAUUAUAUUCCUGGAAUAUCACUUAAGCUGUUUCUUGCCUUUUUGUCUCUUAAAAGAUAUUUAAACAAAUGAGCAACCACUCUAAAUUGCAAUGGGAAAUUAAUAGCAGUGUAACGUGAGCAUGUGACUGACCAAGAAUGACUAAAGAAGUUCCAGGUUAACAGCUUGCCUUAGUUGUCUAUUUGUACCAGAAGGUUUUCAAGGGCUGUUGUUAAAGCACUUAAUAGGAAAAGGUGCAUUCAGUCCCAAUUGCUAUCGUGGGUAAAGUUCACUGAAACUUUCACCCUUGGGAGAGGCAGACAUUACUCACUGACUACCUUUUGAAGACGGACCUGUGGUACAUGAGCCAUAAACAUGGCAGAAAUCUGGAGCUCAUCACCAUGUGGUUAUUUCUGUCAACGAUGGCAAGUUACAGACAAAAGGUAGUGAGUGAGACUCAAGCCAAGCCAAAUCUAGCAAUGCGAACAGGAAAAACACAACUACAGUGUCGAAGAAUAGAUGGAGCAUGAGAAGUCCCAUACACCAUUUAAAAUGGAAACAAUAAAACCACCUCAUUUCCUGCCUGCGCAGACUUGUCUGGUCAUUUUGUCAAUUGAAACAUUUCCUUUGAUCAAACCAUACUAGACCUUAAAGAAAAAAAAACUUCCUUUAUUCUAAUCUGUUAAAAUGGUUCAAGAAUAAUAUUAAGGGACAGAUAAAACAGAUCUUUAUUGAUUAAAGAAUAAUGUUUCUUUCAGAAAGCAAAUGGCCAGCAGUUUUAAAUUGAUUCCAGCAAUUCUAUUAAUGAAAAAAAAAUUAUUCAGCAGUACAGAUGUUCUGAUCAUUUGAAAUGUAGACAAAUUUACAGAUUGUUC